AUGGGCGCGCUCUAUUCGCAAUACACGCAGAUGUUCCCGCCGAGACCGAAUUGGGGUGUGGACGACAUUCCUGACUUGGCUGGAAAGGUGAUGAUCGUUACGGGCGGCAACUCCGGCAUUGGGAAGGAGACUGUGUACCUCGCAGCUCGAUCCCAGACGAGGGCGAAAGAAGCCAUCGAAGAGUUGAAGCGCGAUACCGGCCAUGAAGCUAUAUUCCUGAAACUGGAUUUGGGUGACCUGCACAGCGUGCAGGAAGCCGCGGAACAGUUCGCUAGCAAGGAGAAGCAGCUGCAUGCGCUAUUCAAUAACGCAGGCGUCAUGCUUCCCCCCGUAGAAUUGGUCACCGUUCAAGGUUACGAUCCACAGUUUGGCACAAACGUCCUCGGGCACUACUACUUCGCGAAGCUCCUACUCCCGAUUCUCCUCGAUACGGCCAGGACCACGGCCGAAGGCAAGGCUCGCGUCGCGACAACCACUUCCGCGGCGCAUUACUACCCAUCUAGCCCUUUCCUUGACUUCGCCAGCUUCAAGGAUGGCCCGAUUCGUCAAAAGAUGGGCAGGGAGAGGUUAUAUGCCAAAAGUAAGGCGGGUAACAUCGUGUUCGCCAACGAGUUGCAUAGACGGUACGGUGCUGAAGGCAUCGUAUCAACCUCAGUCAAUCCCGGCACCCUCAGGACAGGCCCUUGUGAGUUCUGCCGUUCCUACGAAAUACCACUAGUCGACCUUAACGGGUUCAUAAACAUGUUUCUGUACCCCGCUUCAUAUGGAGCGCUUACGCAGCUGUGGGCCGGUACAUCACAGGAGAGGCUAGAGCUCGGCGGAAAGUAUCUGAUUCCUUGGGUGCGCACCGGAGAGCCAUAUGAGCCAACGAACGAUCCCGCGCUCGGCCGCGAGUUGUAG